AUGGUCAUGGCAAGACUGCUGUUAAGGAUUGCUAGUUUAGCUAUCUGUGUUGUAUUGAGCAAUGCAUUCUAUCCCAAAGACAUUAGUCGAUUGUCUAGUAAAAGUCCUGAUUCUUUCAAUAUACAAGUCAAGGUAGCUACAAUGGGACGAAUGUCACAGAUUGUCAAUAGAGCACCUUCGUUGACUGGAGCGAGAAUGGUUGAUAAUGGGAUUGUGAGUUUGGGCUCCAUGGCAGCAGCUCAGAUUUUGGUUUCUACAAUCCAAGUUGGAACCCCACCAAAGGAUUUUGUAGUGCACUUUGAUACUGGAUCUGCAGUGUUUUGGUUACGAUCCAAUGCAUGUGUUGGAGGAAAUAACUGUGGACAGCCUACAAUGGCUACAUUCACACCUUCAUCAAGUUCAUCAUUCUCUUUGGUCAAUUCCACUUAUAAACCAUUCACAUAUGCUGAUGGCACUGCCGUCACAUGUAAUGUUGGUCAAGACAUUCUUUCAAUCGGUGGUUUAAGCAUUCCCAACCAACAGCUUUGUCUUGCCAAUUCCAUCACUUCCAACACUCCACUUCACGACGGAAUCAUUGGGCUUGCGCCACCAAGUGUGAUGGAGCCGACGAGUGUGUUUUCAAUGCUUGAUACCAACAAGGCGUUUGCUGCUUCACAGGUUUCAUUUUGGUACAAUUCGUCCAGUCUAGUAGAUGGUCACGUUCAAUCUGGUGUAGUGACUGUUGGUGGAGUAGACCCAAGUCUAUUCAAGGGAGACAUUCGUUGGUUUCCUGCUAUGCUUGCAAAUGGCAGACAUUGGAGUAUUCCAUUAACCAACAUCACUCUAAGAGAUGGCUCUAAAAUUGUUCCAACUCAAAAGGAUCUCUUUAGUCCUCCACUCAUCAUCAUUGAUAGUGGCUCUACUUACAACUUUCUUCCUAGAUUCAUGUUUGAUCCUUUAAAUGCUAUUCAUUUUCAAGCUAAAGAUAUAGAUGGUACAGGCACGUAUGCGUUCGACUGCAAUGCAGUCCCAAACCUUUCACCCAUCAUACUCACAUUGGCAGGAGUAGAUAUUAAAAUCAUGCCAGAAGAACAGUACUUUAAAUUCCGUCAGUACUGUAUUAUCCUGUUUACCACUUCUGAUCGUCCCAACUCUACGCCUCUUCUAGGUGUUGGGUUUAUGCGCUUCAGAUAUACAGUAUUUGAUCAUAAAAAAUUCAAAAUUGGGUUUUCUACAACUCAAACUGGCAAUGAUGCUGCUGUUGCAAUCGUUUCACCCAAAUCCAGGAACCAUAGUGAAAGAUCUAGAGUGUAUAGUCUGACUGUGUUGACUUUAUUGGCUGCCGGAUACUUGUUUUUGUGCUGA